GCCGUAGCCUGCCCUGACCACGUCCACCUCGCUGCUUUAGGCACGCCCACGGCAGCGCGCCCGAGUCCUCUGCUCUUCCGCCCUCCGUCCGCCAGCCUCAGCCUCUGCCAAAUCCGCACACGCGCGCCGCCUAAGCCCCGGCCAUUCCUCCAGAGAGCCACUCCGGGCCCGGCCAAGGACGCCGCCCACCAUGGCCCCGGGCCUCACCCGCGACGCCGAAGAGAGCAGGCUCAACUACGCCGCGCACACCCGCUACUGGCGCCGCAACCUCAAGACGUUUCUCCCCCGCCAGUACACGGGCAAUGACUGCAACCGCAUGACUCUGGCCGCCUUCAUCCUCUCUGCCCUCGACAUCUUGGGUGAUCUGCCAGCAGCACUCUCCCGCGAGGAACGUGCCGGCUAUAUAGACUGGGUGUACAGCUGCCAGCUGCCAGAGGGCGGCUUCAGGCCCGCACCGGCUACAGACCUGGGCGCCGCGCGGACCCCAAAGAACCAGAUCUGGGACCCGUUCCACGUCGCGGGCACCUUCUUCGCUCUUCUGAUCCUCAUCACCCUGGGUGACGGCUUGGAGAACGUCAAGAGACGAGAAAUAUUGCAAUGGCUGACUAAGCUGCAACGCCCGGACGGCGGAUUUGGGGAGACGCUGGGUGAGCAGGACCGUGUAGAAGGCGGGAACGACUCGCGGUUUGGCUUCAUGGUUGCGGCUGUCAGAUGGAUGCUCCGCGGCAACCUCGAGGGCCCGGUGGAUGGGGUGCCUGACAUCGACGUCGACGCAUUCGUGCGCUGCGUUCAGGCCGCCGAAUCUUACGACGGAGGCUUGUCCGAAGCACCAUAUCACGAAGCCCACGGUGGGUUCACGAGCUGUGCAAUCAGCGCACUCUUCUUCCUUGAUCGUCUCCCGACAAAGAAUCCAGAUGGUCGGCAGCGAGGUCUCAGAAAUUUACCCAUGACCUUGCAUUGGCUUGCCUCGCGACAAACUCUGACUAUAGACGAAGAGGAUGCCGCGGAAACGUACUCGGACGAGACUGACUCAGCAGCAACAUGCGAUGACUCCCACUCCUUCAUGAAACUUCAUAACUAUCCGUCGAUGCGUGGCAAGUUGUCGUUUGAAAGACAACCGCCCGUGCAUGCUGAAAUAAAAUGGGUAGGCAUGAACGGGAGGGAGAAUAAGAUCGGAGACACUUGCUACGCAUAUUGGGUAUGUGCACCACUCAAACUUCUGGGGCAUCUAGAUAUCAUAGAUCCGAAGCCGAUUCGGCGCUGGCUCCUUGACAGAACGCAGCACCUCGUAGGCGGGUUCGGCAAGCUGCCGGGUGACCAUCCAGACCCCCAACACUCGUUCUUAGGCUUGAUGGUGCUCUCCAUGUUCGGUGAGGCUGGGCUGCAAAACGUUGAUACAGCAUUGUGUAUAACGGAAAGGGCGAAGGACCAUCUUGAAUCCCUGCCUUGGAGGAGGAAGCUCUUAGGCUCGGAUUCCAUAGGCGAAGCGUAAAAACGGAUACCUUAGAAGAAAAAAACACUACAAACAAAUCCGUCAAGAGUG